AUGGCGCGAAUAGCCACAAUCUACCACCAUCUCCAUGCGAAGCUGCGGCUCCGCAAAUGGUCGCCAUCAGGCAUAGCCGACUUCGUCAUCCAAGCCGACGACCACCUCGCCGACGUCAUCGAGCAAAUCCCCCCACACCUGCAGAACAACGACACCACCUCGCCUCACACCGAAGCCCUCCACCCUUGGAUCGCAACACAGAGAACCAGUCUGGCCAUCGUCCUCCUCUACUACCGUCUGGCCAUAAAUCGCAUCCUGCAAACGUACUGGCUCGAAGGCUCGACCAACUUUGCGCGCGCCCGCUCCGUCUGUCUAUCAUCUGCCAUCGGCGUGAUUGGCGCCGCGACCGCAGGUGACGCGACGUUCCGGCGCCUGCGGAGCUGGGACUUUGCGAUGGUCACGUUUUCCGCCACGGUCACGCUCGCGCUGGAAGUGCGGCGGUCGAGGGAGGCGGAUGAGCGGCUUGUGCGGGCGAUUAGGGAUAGUGAGAGGAUUCUGGGGGGUGUGAGAGGGGAGAAUGUUGUGGCGAGAGAGGGGGUGGGGAUUUGGCAAGAGCUACGGAAUGAGGGGGAGAAUGCUGUUAGGUCUUGA